AAAAGGGAAACCUUAUACAACGGCUUUCAAAAUAUUUCGGUGUGUAAGAUUUGUCCGGAUCGCGAUCCAAUAUCGAACAAUGUCGAGUACAGACAAGCAACCGUUUCGCCGGCUACCUAAAGACGUUGUGCCAUGUCACUAUGAGAUUGUUUUGACACCAAAUCUUGAAACUUUUAUCUUCGAUGGAAAGGAGAAUGUGCAUGUAGACGUAAAGAAAUCCACGGACACCGUUGUUCUGAAUUCAAUAGACAUUGAUAUAAAAAGUGUAGUUUUCAAUGGUAAUGAUGGAAAUGUCAUUUCAACAAAGAACAUUGACAUCUCUGCAUCUGAAGAAACAGCUACUUUCAUAUUUAAUGAAAAGCUGCCAAUUGGUAGGAGUGGACAUCUAAAAUUGGAGUUUGAGGGAGAAAUUAAUGAUAAAAUGAAGGGCUUGUACCGAAGCAAAUACACUAGACCUGAUGGAAGUGUCAAAUAUGCAGCUGUAACUCAAUUUGAGUCAACAGAUGCUAGAUGUUGCUUCCCAUGCUGGGACGAACCAGCAUGUAAAGCCACAUUUGGUAUUACUCUAAAUGUACCAUCAGGUCUUACAGCACUUUCCAAUAUGCCUGUUAAAAGUAAAGUAAGCAACGAUUCAAUAGACACUUUAGUAUUCGAAAGAACACCGUUAAUGUCGACAUAUUUGGUAGCAGUGGUUGUUGGGGAAUUCGAUUACAUAGAAGACACAUCUAGCGAUGGUGUAUUGGUACGAGUAUACACACCGAAAUCUAAGAAACAACAAGGACAAUUUGCCUUAGAAACGGCAGUGAAAGUAUUACCAUACUACAAGACUUAUUUUGGAAUUGCAUAUCCUCUUCCAAAAAUUGAUCUCAUCGCUAUCGCUGAUUUUUCGGCAGGAGCUAUGGAAAAUUGGGGUCUUGUUACAUAUCGUGAGACUUGUCUUUUAGUCGAUCCACAGAACACGUCCUCUUUUCGAAAACAGUGGAUCGCGUUGGUUGUGGCGCACGAAUUGGCGCACCAGUGGUUUGGAAAUCUCGUAACCAUGAAAUGGUGGACGCACCUGUGGUUGAACGAAGGAUACGCGUCGUUCGUAGAAUAUUUAUGCGUAGCAUACUUGUUCCCAGAAUACGACAUUUGGACACAAUUUCUUACAGACACGUACACCGGAGCGUUAGAAUUAGAUGCUCUGAAGAACAGCCAUCCGAUCGAGGUUCCGGUUUGCCAUCCAGCCGAAAUCGACGAAAUUUUCGACGAAAUUUCCUACAAUAAAGGCGCAUGCGUUAUUCGUAUGUUACACGAUUACAUCGGGGAAUGUGAUUUCCGUACGGGUAUGAAUUUAUAUCUAGAGAGGCACAGUUACGGGAAUGCCGAAACGGGAGAUCUUUGGGAUGCUUUGGAAGAAGCGAGCAAUAAAAAUGUACGUCGUGUAAUGUCAACGUGGACCGAGCAACAGGGUUUCCCAGUUGUCCAAGUACAAUGUCGUCAAGAAGGCAAUGACCGAAUCUUGUCUCUGUCUCAAGAAAGAUUUUUGGCCGAUGGUGCAGAGGACCCUGAGAAUAGUAUAUGGAUGAUACCGAUCAGUAUAAGCACGUCAAAAGAUCCCACAGAAUCUGUACUCACGGACCUAUUGGAUAAAAAGACAAAAGAGUUUAAAGUUACAGAUGUACCUGAAGACAGUUGGGUGAAGAUCAAUCCUGGAACGAUCGGUUUUUAUAGGACUUACUACAGUCAAGAUGCACUGUCAUUGUUAUUGCUCGCGGUUAAAGAUCGCACAUUACCUCCUGUAGAUAGAUUAGGUUUGCUGGAUGAUAUGUUCGCCGUGGCACAAGCUGGGCGUGGUUCAACCGUGGAAGUACUCCGGUUGAUGUCAGCGUUCCAACAAGAAGAUAAUUUUAUCGUAUGGUCUAGUAUAGACAAUGCCUUACGAAAAAUCGCGUUGCUUCUUUCUCAUUUAGAUCUCCUAGACUGGUUCAAUGCAUUUGGGCGCAAUUUAAUGCACGACAUAAGGGACAAAUUGGGAUGGGAAGCUAAGUCCGGUGAAAGUCAUGGUGAUACGCUUCUGAGGUCUCUGGUAUUGGAACGUAUGGCAAUUUUAAACGACAAACAUACUAUCGAAGAAGCGAAAACACAAUUCAAGUUACACGCAUGUGGCAGUACACCCCUUCCUGCCGAUUUACGUAGGUCUGUCUACCGAGCUGUUCUUUCUACUGGCAAUAAGACAUAUUUCGAUAAUAUGUUAAAGCUCUACCAUGAUACCGAUUUACACGAAGAAAAGGACAGAAUAUUGAGGGCACUUGGCGCAAUAAAAGAUGAAACUCUGUUGGCAAGAGUUCUUGAGUUCUCCAUGAGCGACAAGGUUCGAGCUCAGGACGCGGUAUAUGGAAUCAUGUCAGUUUCAAUGACAUACAAAGGUCGUCUUAUGGCCUGGGAGUUCGUUAAGAAAAAUUGGCAAUCGCUCCGUGAUCGUUAUGGUGGCGGUUACCUCCUGUCCAGACUGGUUAAGGUUAUCACUGAACACUUUGUCACCGAGGAACAGGCCAAAGAUGUUGAAAAAUUCUUCGAAGAUCAUCUGGUUCAGCAAAGUCUUGAGUCUAUUAGAUUGAACGUGGCAUGGCUGGAUAGGGAUUUGGACUCUAUUAAAGAAUUCUUAACAACACAGAAGUAUUAGAAGCAUGAGUUCUUUCAUGCGUUGCAUUUUUACCACUAACUUGUUACAAUAUCUAAUAAAGCAGAAAAUGGAAGGGUCAGCGUUAUCUCGAUGCAGGUAUUAAUCAACUGUAACGCGCGAGCUCAGAAGAGGGAAGAAAUGUUUUUAUACUACACGAUCAUCGUCGUUUGAUCUAGGUUUACAUAUAACGGUUCACUAAAACUGGUACAGUUGUUUACAUACAUUGGAAAUUUUUUGGAUAUCGGUACGAUAUCGUUUCAUAAUAGUCGUAUUUGUCGUCGAUGGCAUUUUAGAACUCAGCAAUCAUUUUUGGCAUUUAUUUUUUACAUGUGAUUUUAUUCCCGAGUACGAGAUUGCAUAUGUGCACCGGUGUUUGUCGCUCUUGUAUCGUGUGUAAAGUGAAAACAGGGAAAAUUAAACAAGCGUGCAGCUGUAGUACACACUUGUACUACAUACCAUAAUCGAGAAGAUUGAAAUAAAUACUUUUACGCUUGUACUGGAGGGAAUAUAUUAAAACAUCCUAUCCAUAUUUAACGUACAUAACUU